UUCCCUUAUUCUCUGUAUCACUUUUAUUUUCAAACAUUUUCAUGGAUUUCCAUCACAUCCUCAUGCUGUGGACCUGCAUCCUCUUGCCAGAUCUUCAGCUGUGUUUCAACUUUGACGUGAAGAACUUUAAGAUCUUUUCUGGUCCCAAAGAUGCUCAGUUUGGAUACACUGUUCAGCAGCACAAGGCAGGAGGACGCCAGUGGUUACUGGUGGGAGCUCCGUUUGAAUCCACAGGACAGCAGCAGACAGGUGAUGUCUAUAAAUGUCCUUUGGAUACCAGAGAUUCUGGAAACUGCAGCCGACUCAACCUUGGAAAUCUUUCUGUGGACAACGUAUCAGAAAGAAAAGACAAGAUGCGACUAGGAAUGACGCUAACCUCAAGUCCUGAAGAUAACAGCUUUGUGACCUGUGGUCCUUUGUGGUCUCAUGAAUGUGGAAGUUCUCUGUACAGCACAGGAAUCUGCGCCAGAGCCAGCCAGAGCUUCAGACUUCUCCAUACCAUUGCACCCGCCCAACAGAGGUGUGAGACUUUCAUGGAUAUAGUUAUAGUUCUAGAUGGUUCUAACUCCAUCUAUCCAUGGUACGAGGUCCAGAACUUUCUCAUAAACAUCCUGAACAAGUUCUAUAUUGGACCAGGUCAGACACAGGUUGGAAUUCUCCAGUACGGCUCCUCGGUGGUUCAUGAGUUCAGCCUGAAUGAAUACCAGACGGUGGAGGAUGUGGUGCAGGCUGCCAGGAACAUUAACCAGCGUGGUGGAGAGGAAACCAGGACAGCAAUGGGCAUAAAUGUGGCACGAUCAGAAGCCUUCCAGCGUGGUGGCAGGCCAGGAGCUCGUAAAGUGAUGAUCGUGAUCACAGAUGGUGAAUCUCAUGACAGUCAUCAGUUGGUGGAAGCUGUCGGCAACAGCAAGACAGACAAUAUCACCAUGUAUGCCAUUGCUGUUCUGGGUUAUUACAACCGCAGUGGAAUCAACCCAACAGCUUUUCUUAAGGAAAUCAAGUUUAUUGCUAGUGACCCUGACGAGAAGCACUUCUUUGAGGUGACAGAUGAGUCUGCACUAAAGGACAUUGUGGAUGAUCUGGGAGAAAAGAUUUUCUCUUUGGAAGGCACCAGAAACCAAGGUCAAGGGUUCGGUCUGCAGAUGGCUCAGGCUGGUUUCUCUUCACAUUUAGUCAAAGAUGGAGUUUUGCUCGGAGCGGUGGGGGCGUUUGACUGGAACGGUGCAGUGCUGAAACAAACUAAACUUGGGAAAGUUGUUCCACCAAAAUCUUCCUACCAAGACGAGUUUCCAGACGUGCUGAGGAACCAUGCAGCUUAUCUGGGUUACUCACUGGGAUCACUUGUUUCAUCUGAUGGAUCUCAGCUGUUUGUAGCUGGAGCUCCGAGGUUCAACCACACAGGAAAAGUGAUCAUUUUCACCCUGAGCAACACUGGAAACCUGACUAUCCUUCAUGCACUACCAGGAGAACAGAUUGGGUCAUAUUUUGGGAGUGAAUUGUUAUCGAUGGACAUAGACAGUGAUGGACACAGUGAUUUUCUCCUGGUAGCAGCACCGAUGUACUACAGUCAUGGCUGGGAGAGGGGAAGGGUUUAUAUAUACUCUCUCACAGCUCAGACAUCCUUCAUCCUGAUGGGGGUACUUGAGGUGUCUGACCGAUCUCAAAACUCUCGUUUGGGUGCAGCGUUGACCCAGAUAGCUGACAUGAAUGGUGAUGGUUUAAAGGAGUUGGUGGUGGGAGCACCACUGGAAGAAGACCACCAGGGAGCAGUCUACUUCUUUUAUAGCCAGGACAAAAUCAUCCAACUAAAAUACAAACAGCGUCUUUCUGCAGCUGGUUUUUCAACAGGCCUGAUGUAUUUUGGUCAAAGUCUUCAUGGGGUUCUUGACAUCAAUGCAGAUGGGCUUGUUGAUCUUGCAGUGGGAGCACUGGGAGCUGCUGUCAUUAUCUGGUCUCGUGAUGUGGUCAGGAUUCAUACGAAGCUGACAUUUGAACCUGAGAAGGUCAACAUGUUAAACAAGGACUGUCAGCGAGCAGGGAAGGAGGUCACCUGCAUGUCUGUUACAGUCUGUCUGAGUCUCCAACUCAGUCUAAAAACCAAGAAAAAGACCAGAACAGGUGCAGUUGUUUUGUACAGCCUGGUAUUUGACGAGAGGCAAUUUCCUCCACGCGCAGUCCUGGAUGAAUCAAACCGACAGCAGCCCAGAAGUCUUUUUCUGCAGAGUGGGAGUCAGAAAUGUGAAAAACUUGACUUUUCUGUCCAGGAGACAGCAGAUUAUAGGCGUCCUAUUGUGGUUGUCAUGGAGGCAAGGUUGCAGAACCAAGACAAUGGGCCAGUUCUGGACCCAGACUGGACAUCCACCUGGAGAGCUGAGCUUAACUUCUGGAAUGGAUGUGAGAAGGAUACCUGCAUCCCUGACCUCAUCCUCCACAGUCACACUGACCUCCAGACUGUUCAGCAGUUCUGUAGAUCCAGGGAAAACUUCUCUAUCUGCAGCCAUCAGAUGGGACACGAGAAUCCGGUAUUUGUUGUGGAGACUGGGAGAAAGAAAAUGGUGGUGUUUGCACGACUGGAGAACCAGGGGGAGAAUGCACACAGAACUGCCAUCCACAUCUCCACCUCCUCCAACCUGCUCUUCUCCAGCCUUCUAGUCAAGGACCAAUCAGAUGUUCAGAUUGAGUGCUACACUGAAAACAGAGCUAACAUUCAGAGGAGCUGUAACAUCAGUAAUCCGUUUAUUAAGUCCCUCUCUCAGAUAACCUUCCAUCUGGAGUUUGAGUUCAGCCACUUCUUCCUAGAUCAUGUACAGGUAUCCUUAGUAGCUACCAGUGAAGGAGAAGAAAGAAACCCAGAUGACAACUUCAAUGACAUCUAUCUCCCUCUGAGAUACCAAACUGACCUCCUUUUCACCAGAGAACCGAACCUUCUUCCUUUUGAAAUCAAAGCUGAAUCAUCCUACUCAUCCUGGGACCAACCAGACAGCAGCUUUCCCAACUUCAACCUCACUUACUAUAUUCAGAACCUGGGCAUCUUCUCAAUUCAGGACAUCCUUUUGAGGACUGAUUUCUGUGCUGCAACCAGGCAGGGGAAUCAGUUGGUCAGCAUUAUAGACUACAGCAUCAAAGGGGCAGUAGGAGAGUCCUAUUGCAAGCUUCCUGAUCCCAAAACACCAAGUCUGGGAAUACCUGAGGACCUCAUUCACCUGUCACAGAUGAACUACAGUAACAGUGUUGUCAUGGCAAUCCACUGCAAGCUGAGCCUGUUGGCCAGAGAUGUCGAGGUGACGUUAACAGGAAGACUUGAGCUUCUUGCUCUUCAUGCUGUCACCUUCAGGUCUUUGGAGCUGCUGACUGUUGCCUCUGUCCAGCUUCAUGGAUCCAGUCCAAUGUUCCUGCAGGAGGACAGACUUGUCAGACAGAUUAUUCUGGAUCUAAGGAAAGUGUUGGAUGACACCAUCCCUAUCCCAAUUAUACUGGGAAGCUCGUUGGGAGGUCUGAUGCUGCUGUCGUUACUCGUCCUGGGCCUAUGGAAUCUUGGUUUCUUUAACAGACGAAGAAAACGGGUGGAGGAGAAGGAACGGCCUGUAGCAGCAGCGAUGGCAGCACAGCAACUGUAAAGUGUUGAAGGUUUUGGUAUUAAAGAUUCCUCAUUGAACUGUAAGCCUUUGUAUUUGCAAAGAUGUAAUUUGUUGAGAGGUUAUUAACAUUUACAUGAACACACAGACCCAAAUUCAGUUUCUAUGUAUCUAUGUACCAACAAACAUAACAAAACCCAACAUGUCACCCAAGUUUCACCACAAGCAGACAGCCCAGCCUUUUAGCUCAGCUAGACAUUGCCAUUUUUACAGAUAUGGGCUGCAGCUGACGAGGUUUGUCCACUUGUUGAACAAGUGCUCAUUGUUGAACAAAUGGUGGACCAUAAAAACUGCAUAAGCCACCUGGACAAGAGCUAUCUAGUUUGAAAACUGAAAAUAAACACUCUCAAGGGUUGGUCAUGCCACAAAAAUAUCUGAAUUAUUGAUGUACCAGAAAAGGAAGAGAGAGGCAGGCUGACAGAGUUUGUGGAGGCUUUAAUCCUGAAACUUUGAAGAGAAGAAAACUUUCGUUCUUUGAGGACUUUUGACUGGGCGCACUGGAUCCUUCACCAACCGAGCUGCAGGUUCUGUGUCAGAGCCAGUUACCUUGGCAAUGCGUCACAACGAAAUAAUCCAAUCAGUCGCUUCUUGUGAAUAACUUGGGAUUUUAAUGGUGAAAAACAACAUUAACGUAAUAAUAAUUGAUUUAAUAUUUCUUUCUUUCGUAAGUGACCUUAGUAUAAGCGGGAUAAUGCCCUUUGAGGUGUUCAUUAUAAGAAAUUAAUGGACUUUGUGGAAGCAACCAUCCUCCGCUUUGCGUCGGACGGUUCACGCCACCAUUAAUUUAUGAUAAUGGACACCUCGUCAAGCAUUAUCCCUUACUUCUCUGCCAUUCAUAUAAAUGAUAAAGAGGGGUUAUUAGGUAACAUGAGUUUAGGUAACAGAAUUAUAGUGCAAUGUAAAGUAUACCAAUCUUUAAUGACAGAAUAAGCUACUCACAGUGGGAAUGAGAACAUAUGAGGGAAGGGCUGUUUGUGCAGCGGGGAUAGUGACUGUGUUACUGAUUUUAUACAGUUGUAUUAAAAUCUAUUAUGAGAAAAAUGCUUUGGCAACUUUGUGACAUGUCAUAGAUUUUAAUUCAAAAACAGUAUUUUUUUCAAUAAUGUUAGGAGUCAGUCUGCUCUUCCUCUAGUACACUGUCUCUCCAGCUCCACCUUUGGACCUUCUCACAAGGCACAGAUGUGGCUGGCAUGUACAACUACUGUUUGGCCAGCCUGAGUAGGCUGGGGUACACAGAUUUGCGUGUUCUCCAGUAAUCGAGUGGGUCUUCUCCUCUGGAGAAUUAGGGUUCGGCUAGAUAUCAUUGGACCUCCACUGUGGCAUCUGCCGUUGCACUCUGAGUGCUCUGGAUCACAGCUAAACAAGAAAUAAUUCUCAUGCUUGCAGCACAUUCACCAGUUACCCUGGACAGCGUCUUGUGCAGAUGUUACAUCCCCAAAUGUUUUGAAUUGGGAAUCCAGUAUAGUUGCAGUUGCCAGGACAUGGAUAUUUUCAACAUGACAUCCUGUGUGCAAGAAUUGUUGCAAGUGUUGUGUAAGUUCGAUUGCUGUUGGAUUUUGGAUGCAGCCUGGUCUAAAAUAUUUAUUUGAGACUGUAAAGGCUAAAAUACAAAU